AAAAUGGGGAAACGGGACCCUUAAAGUAAUUUUGGGAGCGGCCAGAGAUGGGAGGGGAAAAAAUGUGGAAGGGGAAAUGGGGGAAGGAUGGCACAGAGGAAGCGGCAGCGCGGGCAGGAGGGUCCCAUGGCGGCCGUGGGGCACAGGGAGUGCGCAGUGGGGAUCCAGGUUGGCCCCCGGUGCUCUGGGGGUGCUGGGGGGGCACCCCGGAGCUGUGUCCUGCACUCACAAGGGUGUUCCAGGGGAUGAGAUUGAAGAGUGUCACUUGUUGAACGGCACGGAGAAGGUGAGGUUCGUGGAGAGGUUCAUCUACAACCGGGAGCAGUUCCUGAUAUUGGACAGCGACGUCGGGGUGUACGUGGGGUUCAUCGCCUAUGGGGAGAUGAAUGCCAAGCGCUCUAACAGGCACCCGGUUCACAUGGAGUACUACCGGGCUUUGGUGGACACGCAGUGCUGGCGAAACUACGAGCUUUAUGCCCCGUUCACAACGGUGGAGCGCCGAGGAUGCUGGCCUGACGGAAGUGGGAUGUCUGCCAAGUGGUGCCUGCAGCAGAGGACUAUAAGAGACCCCUGAGUUAACCAAAGAAUUUGAGAUUCUCCUCAAUGUGACAAGACGGAUCUACUGGCCGGACCACAGGGAUUUCAUCUCUCCAUUGGCAGCUAUUCCCCCCAGCCCUUCUUUUCCUCUCUCUCUCUCUAUCCUUUAUCUCCUUUCUAAUCCUUCUAUCGCAUUUGCUGUGGGCACUCAGUAAAGGUGCAUUUGUUUUGAUGAA